AUGAAGUCCGUGCUGUUCAGCCGAUUCUUCCUCCUCCUGCCCUGGAUCCUCAUCGUCAUCCUCAUGCUCGACGUGGACACCCGCAGGCCGGCGCCCCCGCUCACCCCGCGGCCCUACUUUUCCCCCUACGCCGUGGGCCGCGGGGCCGCCCGACCCCCGCUCCGCAGGGGCGGCCCCGGGCGCGGCGCGGAGAGGCGCAACGAGUCUCGGCCGCAGCCGCAGCCGCAGCCGCCGCCGGAGCCGCCGCUGCCCACCAUCUAUGCCAUCACGCCCACCUACAGCCGCCCGGUGCAGAAGGCCGAGCUCACCCGCCUGGCCAACACGCUCCGCCAGGUGGCGCGGCUGCACUGGAUCCUGGUGGAGGACGCGGCGGCGCGCAGCGAGCUGGUGAGCCGCUUCGUGGCGCGGGCCGGCCUGCCCUGCACGCACCUGCACGCGCCCACGCCGCGGCGCUACAAGCGGCCCGGCCUGCCGCGCGCCACCGAGCAGCGCAACGCCGGCCUGGCCUGGCUGCGCCAGCGGCACCGGCACCAGCGCGCGCAGCCCGGCGUGCUCUUCUUCGCCGACGACGACAACACCUACAGCCUGGAGCUCUUCCAGGAGAUGCGAACCACCCGCAAGGUCUCUGUCUGGCCAGUGGGCCUGGUUGGCGGGCGACGCUAUGAACGUCCGUUGGUGGAAAAUGGCAAGGUCGUCGGGUGGUACACCGGCUGGAGAGCAGACAGGCCUUUUGCCAUCGACAUGGCAGGAUUUGCUGUAAGCCUUCAAGUCAUCUUGUCCAACCCAAAAGCUGUAUUUAAGCGCCGUGGAUCCCAGCCAGGGAUGCAAGAAUCUGACUUUCUAAAACAGAUAACCACCGUUGAAGAACUGGAACCGAAAGCAAAUAACUGCACCAAGGUCCUCGUGUGGCACACUCGCACAGAGAAGGUUAAUCUAGCCAACGAGCCCAAGUACCACCUGGACACAGUGAAGAUCGAGGUGUGA